AUGGAAGACCAGACCUCAGAGUCAAAUCAACGGCAGUCAACAAAGAGCAGGCAAGCCGCAUGUCUCAACUGCAGGAAAAGCAAGAUUCGCUGUAACCGCAGCCAGAAUGAAGAGCGAUGCGAUAGAUGCAGCCACUCUCAUCUGCAAUGUGUCGUUCCGAACCACCAUGUAGGUAGGCAGAAGGGGGUGAAGAAUAAACGCAAAGGUCUGGAGAAAGCGCUUCACCAGAUAGAGCAGGCCAUCAAGCGGCCAAAGACAGAUCACACAACCGCGGAAGCUGCGCAAAAGCUCAUAGCAAAUCUCCAGGACCUGCUCAGCAAUUCCCAUUCGCAGCAGUCUCCGAACGAUAGGGAUGACCUUUCCGAGGGCCCCGAUCAGACUGAUCCUCUUAUCCUUCCGCGAGACUCUAAUUCCGGUGAGAACCUCGCUUUGGAUGAUGCGGAAAACCCUCUGCAAUUACUCGCUCGUGCAUCUGAUCUUCAGCUGUCUCCGAACGAUGUCCGGGACGCGCCAAUAUGGCCACCAAUGGCACCCCCAAAUCUAGCGAUCCCAGUGGAAACUAGUGUGACUGCCGCAAAGUCUUUUUUUGUACCGGUCAGGGCACAUUUAGACAUCAGUCCUGAUAUGGAUCCCAUAGAGAAUGGGCUUGUUACAUUGCAGGAAGCUGAAUCCCUAUUUUCCUUUUUCUACCAAAACCUUGCACAUACAAGAUGGGGCCUUGAUCCAUUUGUCCAUACAGUGGAAUUCGUUCGCUCGCAAUCGGCUUUUCUUUUCACCUCAAUCAUGGCCACAGCCGCCUUGUUUAUGCCAUCAGCUGCGGCCCUGUGUAAAAGAUUAUCAAAACACAGCAAAUCCUUGGCGAAUGAAGUUAUGAAGCGGCGUCUUAAGUCAGCGGAGAUCGUACUAGCUUUCAUGGUUAACGUCCCGUGGAUGGCACCAGGGUCUUGUUUAGGUGAUGAUGAUACUUGUUCAUACAUCGCAAUGGCACUGGCAGUUGCACUGGACCUGUCUUUGAACAAGAUAGUGCUGCCAUCAACAAGCUUUGACAGCAGUGUCUCAAGAAGGCUCGCCAAAGCGGACUGUAUCGACGCGAAAAGAGCCUUGCACAUCGAUGGGUUUGAUAAUGUCGACCCAACCUCUGAAUGGGGCCGAAGGCUUCUACGACGUCGAGAGAGAAUUUGGAUUGCGUUAUUCGUUCUCGAGCGAGGUGUAUGUCUGGCUCGCGGAAGAAACUAUACUGUACCGAUUACUACCUUAAUUGAAAACUGUGAUCGCUGGCAUGUAGCCGAGCUUGCAGACUCACGCGAUGGCGCUAUGAAUUCGAUGGCAGUACUCCGAAGGAACCUUGAUGGGCUUUUUAGCCGCGUCAAAGCCAGCUGUGAUAGCUACCAGACAAGUAGUACCGGGUCUGGGGCCGCGCAAUCGAUCAAAUCGAUGAUAGAGAGCUUUUAUAAUGAAUGGUACGAAGCGUGGACCCCGGCUAUAGGAGAAGGCCAGUCGCGCGCGCUGCCUCCAUACGUCGAAAUCCUGGUCACCCAUACUAUGCUAUCAACAUAUGGAGGCGUCAUAAACCACCCGACAGCACCCGUGGAAGUCAAGCGAUUUUUUCGGGCUGCUGGUCUUUCCUCAGCCCUCAAUGUCAUGCGCGCAGCUAUCCAAGGAGAAGCAAGACUCAAAUCAAUGCCAAACAACACAGUGAUCAUGAUAUCGUUUGCUGCGUGCUCUGCACUAAGUCUCAGCGUGAUGCCGACGGAUAGCAAAUCCAGCCUGGCCCCCAGUGUCCGACACCUCAUUGAGGAGGCGGCUGGAGUUCUCGAGCGGAUAGGAGCGACGCCUAGCCAUAGAAAUGGGGCGUCGGUGCUAUAUGGACGGUUUCUUCGUGAACUGAUCCGACGUACGCCGGCCGCUCCAAGUCAGGCCCAAAUUGAACCUCAAGAUCUACCACCAACGACUCUGACUGGAUUCAACUCCAUCCCGACAACGACACAAGACACGUUUGCGCAUUCACUAUUUUGGUCAGAACCUCUGCAAUUUUCGGCCAUGUCUGACGACCAGAUUAUUGAUGCUGUAAAUCGCGCUGGAACCGCAUUUGGAGCGAGCGUCCCUGAUGUUCCACUCGACGAUAUGUUGAGCUGGGACUGGCUCGACAUAAGCAACCCAGAAUUCAAUUUUUAA